AUGAUAAAUAGGAGUAAAUUAAUUCUUCAAGGCAUCAAUCGAUGCAUUAAACAUAAACAUAAGCAAUAUGACUACAACAACAACAACAACAACAACAACAACAACAACAACAAGCAGAAUGGUGGAAGUUAUAAUUACAAUGGAGGAGAUAGAGGAGGAUAUCACUCAUUCAACUAUCGUAUCGCCACUACGUCGAUUCUAGCCACUUUACCGAUUAUGGCAGUCGCUAGUGACACCACCACUACCACAAAGCCAAGUCGUAUCCCAAAGGAGGCAGAGGUACUGCUUAUCGGUCUGUUAGGUCAACGAAUCGACUUUACAUUGGCUGAUCGUGAGGCUCACGGUAAAGACUUUAGCUAUCAUGAACCAGAGAUUCCUGAUGCCGUGGCGUUCCCAAUGACAGAGGACGAAGUGGUGACAAUUAUCAAGAUAUGUUCAACCUAUAACAUACCAAUCGUACCUUAUGGCUCUGGGACAUCGCUUGAAGGUCACGUCCAGGCAAACCAAGGCGGACUCUGUCUGGACUUUAGGGCGAUGAAACAAGUGAUCAAUCUUCAACUCGACGAUCUCAUCGUCACAGUUCAACCUGGUAUCACCUAUGAUGAGCUCAACGAUGUCUUGGCUCCACAUGGUUACUUCUUUGCAAUGGACCCAGGUCCAGGUGCAUCAAUUGGUGGCAUGGUCAGUACCAGUUGUUCAGGAACACAUGCCGUUCGAUAUGGAACAAUGAAGGAGAACGUGAUCGCACUGAGAGUAGUAUUGCCUGAUGGCAAAGUGGUGUGCACCAGAACCAAAGCAAAGAAGUCGUCGGCAGGAUACGAUCUCACACAUUUGUUUAUUGGAGCCGAGGGUACUUUGGGAGUUGUCACCGAAGCCACUCUCAAGAUUCAUCCACUGCCCGAGCGAACAGCUGUCUCGUUGGUCACUUUCGACAAUAUUGAAGAAGCCUCCAAGACAGUGAUUCAGACGAUGCAGAGUGGUAUCCAAAUCGGACGUGCUGAGCUUCUUGAUGACCUAAUGAUGAAGGCGGUCAAUAUUAGCAAUGAUUCCAAUUACGACCAGAUGCCAACACUCAUAUUUGAGUUUACUGGCUCCCCCGCUCAAGUGGAUGAACAGAUACUCAAGGUUGAGCGACUGGCGCACCUGAACAAUUGCAAGAGGUUCGAGUUUGCUAUCGACCCAAAAGAUCGCGAGAGGUUAUGGUUCGCCAGGAAGGUUGCGCUGUGGAGUGCACCCAUUCUCAAGCCGGGCUCAGAGGUUAUAAUCACAGAUGUAUGUGUACCAAUAUCAAAGCUAUCAGAGAUUAUACAAGAGACAAAGUUAGAUAUUCAGUCUACCUCUAUACUUGCUCCACUGGUCAGCCACGCAGGUGAUGGCAACUUCCACUUGUUCAUUUUGUUCGACCCGCUGAACAACAAGGAGACAAAGGAAGCUAAAAUGAUUUGUGACAACCUAGUACAUAGAGCUCUGGGUAUGGGCGGAACCUGCACUGGUGAGCACGGAGUUGCCCUUGGCAAGAAGAAAUACCUGGAGAAGGAGCUCGGCAAGAAUGCUGUUGAUCUAAUGAGGACUUUAAAGAGAACCAUCGAUCCAAAGAAUCUUAUGAACCCAGGCAAAGUGAUUGAUCUU